GCAUAAGCGGAAACCAGUUGCCGUGUAUCCGCUAACCAGCAGCAGUGGUGGCGGAACAUUGCAACUAAAUUUCUUGGUAUAAUUUGUAUUAUAGACUGUUGUUAUAUACAGUUAACUACAGGCACAAGAUGUUAUCCUUAGAUUUCCUCGAUGAUGUCCGGCGAAUGAAUAAGCGUCAGCUUUACUAUCAGGUGCUGAAUUUUGGAAUGAUUGUAUCUUCAGCCUUGAUGAUCUGGAAAGGCUUAAUGGUUGUAACUGGAAGUGAGAGCCCAAUUGUGGUUGUUCUCAGUGGAAGCAUGGAACCUGCAUUUUUCAGAGGAGACCUUCUCUUCCUCACAAAUCGUGUUGAAGACCCAAUCAGAGUGGGAGAAAUUGUUGUGUUCAGGAUUGAGGGAAGAGAAAUUCCCAUUGUACACAGAGUCCUAAAAAUUCAUGAGAAAGAAAAUGGCGACAUCAAGUUCUUGACAAAAGGUGACAAUAAUGCUGUGGAUGAUAGAGGCCUUUACAAGCAGGGGCAGCAUUGGCUGGAGAAGAAAGAUGUAGUGGGCAGAGCAAGAGGGUUUGUGCCUUACAUCGGAAUUGUCACAAUUUUGAUGAAUGACUAUCCCAAAUUUAAGUAUGCUGUAUUGUGUAUGCUUGGGCUGUUUGUUCUGGUACAUAGAGAAUGACGACGUUCAAGAGCAAUUGUAUCCGACAAACCAUGGAAAAUAUCCGUCUGGUGACCAGUUUUUAUGGUGUUUUGUGUGUGUUGGAAAAUCUUGCACUUGCUUUUUGAGACAAAGGUCAAGUUAUAUUUUUUUCCGCUUAACAGUGCAAACAUGAGGUACACAAAAACUACAAACUAGGCAUUUAUAUUUGUCAACUUUUCAUGUCAUAUAAAUUAAAAUUUGUUUGAUCUUGUUUUACACAC